AUGGUGGUAAAACAGACCGUGAAUGACUGGGAGAACCCUCGAGUCUUCGAGCGCAACCGCCUCAAGCCCCGCGCUUACUUUCUGCCCGAUACUUCGCUUUCACUUAAUGGUAACUGGGACUUCAACUACGUAUCCUCGCCGCUACUUGCUCCUUCGCCGGUGACCGGUGCUGCCUCCACGGAGGUUGGCUCCAAGGAUAGUGCAUCGUGGAAGCCCAUUGCCGUGCCGGGACAUUGGCAGCUCCAAGGAUAUGGCCAUCCACAUUAUACUAAUGUGAUCUUUCCCUUCCCUUCCUGUCCUCCCCAUGUGCCUAGUGAGAAUCCUACCGGCACGUAUCGCAAGAGAUUCUACGUACCAUCGGACUGGGAUACAUCUUCUCAGCUACGGCUGCGCUUUGACGGGGUAGACAGUGCCUAUCAUCUCUGGGUAAAUGGCGUAGAGGUGGGGUAUGCCCAGGGCAGUCGAAAUCCGGCAGAGUUUGAUAUUACAGAGUUAGUGAAAAGAGGCGAAGCCAACGAGGUGUUUGUGCGUGUUUACCAAUGGUCGGAUGGAUCCUAUAUUGAAGACCAAGAUCAGUGGUGGGUUUCUGGUAUCUUCCGCGAUGUGACUCUCCUUGCCUUUUCAUCCAUUGCUCGCAUUGAAGACUUCCGCAUCAAUACAGUGCUUGACAAACAGUAUGUCGACGCAGAGCUAAAGGUCUCCCUUGAUCUCACAGCUACCGUCUCAAGCACGGUAACUGUGUCCCUCUUCGAUCGACACAAUGACCAGAAAGUUAUUGUAUCUAAGACAGGCACCUUCCAAGACAAGCAAGGAAGAGUCGACUUUUCUCUACAAGUCCCCAGCCCUAAAAAGUGGACUGCGGAAACACCCAACCUCUACAACCUCGAGAUCUCUCUCACUACCACCGAGGACCCAGCAAAGCGGUUACAAAAGGUCACCCACAGAGUUGGAUUCCGACAAGUAGAGAUCAUCAAUGGAAACAUCACUGUCAACGGAACCCCGUUGCUUUUCCGCGGUGUCAACCGUCACGACCACCAUCCUCUCUUCGGACGGGCCGUCCCCCUACCGUUCCUCCGCCAGGACCUCCUACUUAUGAAGCAGCACAAUGUCAACGCUCUCCGAUGCUGCCAUUACCCGUCUCACCCGAAGCUUUUUGAGUUCUGUGACGAGCUCGGGCUCUGGGUCAUGGACGAAGCCGAUCUCGAAUGCCACGGGUUCUACGACGCUGUCGCGCGACCCCUCGAUAUCCCUGAAUCAAUGGACUACGAGGAACGCAAGAAGCUCACGUUUGAUAAGGCGGCGCAGUUUACGUCCAACAACCCCGAGUGGAAAGGUGCGUAUCUCGAUCGUGCGAUCCAGAUGGUGCAGCGGGACAAGAACCAUUCGUGCGUGAUCAUUUGGUCGCUCGGUAACGAGGCGUUUUACGGCCAGAACCAUAAGGCAAUGUAUGAUUACAUCAAGGGCGAGGACCCGAGCAGACCCGUUCAUUACGAGGGCGAUGCGCAGGCCCUCUCGGCAGAUAUGUUCUCGUACAUGUAUCCGUCCGUAGAGCGGAUCGUGCGUCUUGCAAACGAGGAGGGGGAUCAUUUCAAGAAGCCGAUCGUGCUCUGUGAAUAUGCACAUGCGAUGGGCAACGCCCCCGGAGCCCUGGAGGAGUACAUGGAAGCGUUCCGUGCGCACCGUCGACUCCAGGGCGGUUGGAUCUGGGAAUGGGCCAACCAUGGCCUUUGGGACGAGGAGAAGGGGCAUUACGGUUACGGCGGGGAUUUCAACGAUUUCCCAAAUGAUGGCAAUUUCGUGCUAGAUGGGCUAUGUUUCAGUGAUCAUACACCUACCCCAGGAUUGGUUGAGUUGCGCAAGGCCUAUGCUCCGGUCCAUGCUUGGGUGAACGAGGGUGCUAUCAACAUCGAGAACCGACAUGAUUUCGUCGGGUUGGAAGAUCUGCAGGCAACCUACAAAGUCGAAUCCUUGGGUGAAGAGUCAACCAUCCUCAGUACGGGAACCCUCGAGCUCCCCGAAAUCAAAGCCGGACAGACUGGACAGAUUGCCCUCCCUGCGAACAUACCAGUUUCCAAAACAGGGGAGACAUGGCUGACAGUUAUAUUCAGUAUGAAAACGGCCACCUCAUUCUGUGACCGCAAUUACGAAAUCGCUUGGUGCCAGCACCGCCUCGACCAGGCAAGCGCAACAACCCUGACCAACACCACCAGCCCAGCCGCUCCCAAAUUCCCCGUAACUCUCAGCUCAUCGCAAACCCACCACACUAUUUCCGGGCCCGACUUCAGCCUCUCCUUCUCCCGCACGACUGGAGCCCUAACAAGUUGGAAAGCAACAAACAACCAAGACCUCCUCUCCCCAGACGACAAAGGCACAUCUCUCUCUCUGGGCUUCUGGCGCCCACCCACGGAUAACGAUAUCCCGUGGGACUUGGGCGAAUGGCGCCGAUACGGGGUCGAUACGCUGGAGUCGCAGCUUCGGCGGAUGCAAGUCACGCAGAUCGACAGCACGCGUGUCGAAAUCGUCACGCAAACGUAUAUCUCUCCGCCGAUUCUGGCGUGGGGGUUCCACGCCACCACCAUUUACAAGAUCACCGGCGAUGGAGCGCUGAGUGUCUCGGCGCACUUGAGACCACAGGGGCCCAUGCCGAAUGAUCUGCCGCGAAUGGGAUUUGACUUGCGGGUUGCGGAUGAACUGGAUCACGCGAAAUGGUUUGGGCUGGGUCCUGGGGAGUCGUAUGCUGAUAAGAAGCGCGCGCAGAGACUCGGUGUUUACACUGGCACGACGGCAGAGUUACACACUCCGUACGAGGUUCCUCAGGAAGGUGGGAAUCGGAUGGAAACGAGAUGGUUGAGAUUAGGUGGUGGAAGGGGAUGGGGUGUGAGGAUUGAACGGGAGAGCGUGGAGAGUGAUGAGCAUGCGACGAAGCUGUUCCAGUGGGCGGUUACUCGGUACAGUGCAGAGGCUGUUGAGAAGACCAAGCAUGCGAAUGAGCUCGUAGCUGAGAAGAUUGUCAAGGUGAGGCUGGAUGUGGAGAGUUGUGGUGUGGGAACGGGGGCUUGUGGGCCACGCACUUUGAAUAAGUACCGCGUGCCUUGUGAGGAAAGGGAGUUUGCAUUUAGACUUGUGCCUUAUUAUGUCAAGGAGGGCUUUAAAUAA